AUGUCACCAGCCUUCUCUGCUUCAGCGGCUAGCACUCCUGAAGCAGCACCCCAACCUCGGCGGACUCCCAACUCCAAAACCUCAUCUCCUUCAAACCUUGACGUCACUCCCGAAGCUGUGCAGCCCUACCCGAAGGCUCCUCCCCGCCCUCCUGCCAGAGGGCGCAAGAAGAUCCGCGCCUGCAUCCUGACUGAGGAUGAGGAGGCUCUUGGCCAGCUGCGGGAGAAGGAGGAGAAGAAAGCAGUCAGAGAGGAGAAGAAGCGGAGGUUGGAGGAGAAGAAGAGAGAGCAGGAGGCACGACAGGCAGCAAAGAGGAGGAGGUCUGAGGCAGUUGAGGCGAGCAGCAGUGAUGAGGAGGCUGCCGACAAUCCUGCACUGUGUGACGACUCAUCUGAAUAUUCAGAUGAGUUCGCAGAAGACCUUGAGCAUGAUGCUGCCUCCUAUCCUUUCGUCCAGAAGGAGCCAGAGGUGGGUGACUUUGUCCUGGUCCAGCUUGUCUUCCAGAAGAAGAGGUCUGAGGACCUUGUCCACUUUGUGGGCAAGGUCAUUUCCCUGGAGACAGACGGCCGGCUGGAGUUGGACUUCUUGAGGAUAAAGUCGCCCUUGCUGAAGGACACCUUCCACUUCCCAGCCAUCGGGGAUGUCGACAGUGUCGACCGCAGCAGGGUGUUGGGGGUCCUUACAGUCAGCACGGGGACCACCCAACGACAAGCAAAGCUCAUCAAGGUCCUCCCUCCCUUGAGGGAGGACCUUGAUGAGCUUUGCUCAUUAGUUUAGUAAUUAGUUUAGUCAUUAGUUUUUAUACAGUUUUUAUACAUAUAUAUUUUUUUAUUACAUUGAGAUUUUGCUACCAUAUUUUUUUAUUAAAUUGAGAUUUUGCUACCAAUUGUUUUAUUCCACCUUUCAGUGUCAUGUUCUGGAUGUUCUUAGUUAAAAACAAU